GAAUUUAUUAUUAGCAUCAGAGGGUAUGCGGUAUACUUCACGGGGAAAUCCCUCCUUGUGACAACAAACGCGGUGAAAGACUGAAUAUACACAGAACGGUGCCAGGCCCUCGUAUAUCAACUUCCUGCUUGAUCUUCGAGGAAAGUUCCAGGAACAAUUCCAUGAAGGGAACGAAUUCAACGUAAUUGGUUAUCUGUUACACUGUAGUAUUACCUAGGGGACUAAACAACAAUGACAGUAGUGCUGUAUUCUGACUUGCUUUUAGCCGUGAGUGCUGCCACUUUGCUCGUCGUUGGGGAAAACGCGGUGUGGGCCAAGCCGGUGGGAGAGACCACUUCUGGAAUCAACGUGUCCAAUGACACCGAGACGCACAUUCCUCAGAACGUUGCAUAUUCUACUUCACAACUCCCGAUCUCGGUGAACACAACACCUUACUUGGAUACACAGGAGCAGUAUUCGAGCCAAGAACCCGGCUGCCACGAAGAGUGCUCUGGCUGUUUCGGCCCAGAACCAACCCAGUGUUUCAUCUGCGUACACUUCAACCAAUCAGGGACCUGUGUGAAAGUAUGCAACGAAACAACCUUCUACCCCAGAGCUGACUUACCUGCCACGUGCUCAGCUUGUGACCAACGCUGCCACGACGUUGGGUGCUUCGGUCCCGCUGAAACGGACUGUAAAUCCUCGGUGUAUAGUGCAGCGAAAGACGGGUACACGGCCCUCGUACUCGCGCCGUUUGCUUUUGCUGUAUUGCUGGUGAUAGCAUUAAUUGUAGCACUCAUUGUUGUUUACAAACGUAUUAGGAAGAGACAGCGUAUAUCCAUCCGUCGAUCCAUUCCCUUAUCCAUUGGCUUGAACUCCAGUCAGAGAGAGACACGCCAAGACACACCUGAUAAUUCGUACUCCUCGGUCUCCUUGAUCUCUGGUUGGCGUAAAUUGUCACGACAAGGCGGUGCUGUAACCUCGAGUCCAAAGACACCUCCACCCCAAGGAGAAUCACACACCUCUUCGAUCGCAAAACAAGUCCCAGAGGUGAGACAAUCUUUUGAUGUAAGCUCAGAUCGGGAGAACUCAACCAACACUAGCAAUACCGCAGAGGGCGAGGCACGUGUUACAAAUCCGUCAAAUGUGGCGCUCCAAACAGAAUCUUCUUAUUGUGAGACUGGAAAUCUGGGGGUGAAUUGCGCUUCGACGCCAUUAUCACGAUCAAACAACGAAAAAUCUGAUAUUUUAAGAAGAGAGCUUACAGAAUUAGGGCUACCGGACUCCGGUGCAACAAAAUUCAAGCGCAGUUUGAUUGAAAGGAAACAACAAUCUAAAAGUGACCUCAUAAGGGAAGAUCUACCCAACCAAGACCCUGCGAAAGAGCCCAUUGCUUCCUCAGACCUACUUCUAAGAAGUAAAAGUCUCCCAGUCGCCACUAUAACGAGAAACCCCUCUGUUGCUUUAAGUAUAAAGAAAACUGCGAACACAAUAGACCCAUUGACAUCACAACGGCUUGUUCGUGACAGUGGAAUAGGUCAGAGCAACUCCGAUAUAAGACUAUCGAAUGAAUCUGACCAUCUCCGAGCACUAAGAAACGGUGCAAGCGCAUCUUCAAAUCGACAAAUCGACCGCACGUCAGAUAGGUCGCUUUCCAUAGGUAGAGAUUCUGUCUUCACUGAGUACUCGGACUUGGAGUCCGUAAGUGAUCAAAGUGCGGUCAUUGAAGUUUACGAAAAUCUUAAUAGAAAAUCCACACAGCUUUCCGUUAUGGAAGAAGCAGGGACGCCAGAGAGCUCAUAUGUAUCGAAAACCGAAACGCAGGAACAGAAAAGAGAUCAUCUUUCAAAAUCAAAAUCUGUGAAGAUGGCUGCCUAUCUGAAGGAACCAGGUAAACGCGCUCGCUUGGAUUCUGGCUCCUCGCUAACACAUACUGAGCAACAAAAUCCACCCGAAAUGGACACAAGCAUCAAAAAGACAACCGAUAGCAAAAUAACUAUUACCACCGUGCCUGAUAAGGAUAUUCACCAUAUGCCUUCCACAGCAUCAAUUCCAGAUCUUAUCCGGCACGUUGAACAGUCAUACAAUCAACCAUGGCUUAUAGAUGUAGAAAGGUUUAACCAAACCGACCCGCGUUUCCAAAUCGGCGUCUUCGACAAAGAUGGCGGAGAGUUGUGCCUUCCUGUUGGACGGACUCGGUUGUAUGUGCCACAAGAUGCUGUCACGCUGCCAACCGUGAUCUACCUGUAUGCUGAUUAUGAGACGGAAUACCACAACGGUUGCGCCGUAACCUAUACCCCUACGAUUGAAUGUGGACCAGACGGCCUGCAAUUCCAGAGGGCAGUCACUCUCACUUUGGGCCACUGCGCAGUCAAAACAGACCUCCGGCACUUGGCCGUCAUCUCGCAAAGUAACGGAGACUCGCGAUGGCAAAUGGAACCGCAAACAGCUUUGCUCAGAACAGCAGACGACAGUGUCUCGGUUCAGCUUCACCACUUCACCAGAUACCGGGUUAUCGACCGCCGCCAUGACUACCCAGUUGAACACGACGAAGACCCACCGGAAGAAAACACUGAAAGAAAGGAACCAGUUCCAAGCGAUGCUGGUCCUUCUUCCGCCAAGAAGGAAGGCUGUCCGACAAAAUUUCUGUAUGUUUGCAUGUUUGUCCGUCAGUAUGCGAAGGGUCGGUUUGAGGGAACGGUCCAUUGGAUGAUCAAAGAUGACCAGCUCUUGAGGCUUCAGCAAGUCCAAUGGCUCCAAGACUCCCAGAGCACUUUAACAAGUGACUGCCGCUAUGUAGAGGCGAAGGUACUCCAAUUUCAAAAAGGAAAGGGGCCAUUGGUGAUAAAUCUAAAAGCUAUUGAAGGAUGCUCACUGAUGGGAGAAAGCACACAUUCCAUAGACGAGAUGGUGGUGAACAGUUGCAAUAAGGGCUAUGCAGGGUUUCAUUUGCAAUGUGACGAUAAGGAGAAGGCGCUGUGCGAAGUGAACGUCAGGCAGAAGGACUCUGAGCAGACCACCACGCUGCACAUCAUACUCAAUGACGUCAUCCCCGUUGAGGAAGAAAUCAAGCGACUCCAGGGUUUUCUCUGUGGGAGUGAGGGCGAAGAACCACAAUGGGUACAAAGACUCCUUGGGCUAGAGGCCGCCGGAAUUCGAAGAGUUACCACAGGGAGACUUAAAGUGCCGGACGAAAAGAAUAAAGAAAGCGGCUACAGCAGUGCCACGGGGUCUCAGUUAAUGCCUACAGGUUUUACUAGUGAGAAGGAAGAUGCGGCGGUUUAGUCCACUUCUGGUCACAAUCCAUAAUUCCUAUUGAACAGGGAAUGUUCAAUGUCACAGCAAUCUUUUUUUCGUCGAGAUAACAAAUUACCCUUAUCAUUCCAGCUACUUUGCAACACAUUCCUACAGGGUGCAGUCACUGUUGUGAUUGUGUUUUAUGUAUAGGUCUAUCGUAAAGAUUUUAUUACUUAUGUACUUAUGGUUUACUUCCGGUUCCGGGUAUUACGCACAUUGGCCUACACAACAUUCCAUUUUUUUUUGGCCAGACAUUGAAUUUAGAUUUUGAAAAAACUAUUAUGCUAUUUAAACCAUUUAUGGUCAUUGUUAUAAGGCGUCGUGAAACGAAUGCUUAAAGCCUUUAUAUUUUAAAGACAUAUUUCAUCUUUUAAUUGAUAUAUAUAGAAAGAUUUGAAUGGAGGAACGGAUUUAGGCCUAUACAUGUACAUGGGUAGAAAGAUUGACUGUUUCUCUCCUUCUUUCUUAUCUGAAGACACCCAGAUAUUUGAUAAACAUCUAAAUAUUUUAUUUGACCCGGUGAAGAUUUACUUUCAAAGUUUAUGUUGUGUCUUUUUUGUUUAAAAUACCAACUUAUCUUAUUGGCUGCUUUCAGAAUGCAAUAUCUAUUGAUCAACAACGGAGGAAAUGCGUGUAUAACAUGCAACUUAAUUUCUUGCUUCAUUUUAAUGAAUUUUUUUUUAAAUUUUGGGUCUAAUAAUGAUUGCCCAAUCUAAUCUAUAUGGUAAAGGGGUGGUUGAUUUCACGGAACUUCUUUGUAUUCAUUUCUUUAGCUUGCUAAUAGAAUAUAGAAAUAUUGCUCAGUAUGAUAUAAACAUUCUUUGAAUUCUAUCGGAAAAUGUUACUGUUUGAAAAACAGAAUAACUGUAAUGUUGUUUAACUAAUUUUAAAGAAAUAUUAAUCAUUUACUAUAUGUACAGAGCUUACUUGGUACUAGGGAUGCUUGUUUUAGACCAAACGUGUGGCUCUCUGCCUUAAUUUUGGGUCUAAGAAACUAACAAUGAUUGACCAACCAAAAUUAUUUGGUAAAAGGGUGAGUGCAUGAAUUCACAUUAUUUCUUUUUAUUAAUUUCUUUAGCUUGUUUAUUUGCUUAUAGAAUAUAGAAAUAUUGCUCAAUAUGAUAUAAACAUUGUUCGAAUUCUAUUGGCAAUGUUACUGUUUAAAAAAAGGUGUAACUGUAAUGUUGUUUAACUAAUUUUAAAGAAAUAUUAAUCAUUUAUUAUUAUUAUUACUUGAUACUAGGGAUGCUUGUUUAGACCAAACGUGUUGCUCUCUGCCUACAGUGUUCGUAGUCCUACCUGUGGCUAAUUCAGCCAUUUACCCAUGCAAGGAAUUAUUUUAUUCGUUCCAUUGCAUUUACAUGUAACCGUCCAAAAUUUAGUUAUUGUUUCAAAAGUUUUGAAGAUUAUAUAAUGUAUGUGUAGUCAGAAACUACGCUUGUGGCUUUAGAAAAUAUUGAAAAAGUAAAACAAUAGAAAAAUGAGGAGUUUGAAAACUGUAUUCAAAUACGAUACGUAUUCUUUUUUUAUCAUUUAAAUUUUGAUACUUCUAUUCAUAUUCAAGUUAUUUGAUCAUUUGUAUCUAACUACUAAAGUUUUUUGUAUUAUGCAAUCAAUGCAAAAUGAGUUCAAUUACAAUCACCAGGCGAUUAAAUUUGAAAGCAGCUGUUUAUACAUAUCUUUUUGCAUAUUAUUAUAUCCACAAAGAUAAAAAUAAAAUUUUUAACAAAUA